UUGGUGACAGAUGAUACCAGUCAAAAAGAAAAUGGCUCAAAGGCUCUGUUAUCCACCAAAGUUGAAUUGACACCUGUGGGAUCUGAUUCAACGUUCCAGGUAGAGGAAAAUAUGCAUUUUGGAAAUGGCGAAAAUGUGAAUAUCAAACCCAAAUCUAUUAAUUUGUCCCCACAAGGCAAGGAAAGUCCAGGCAUACUGCAACCAUUUGAAAUCUCCAGUCCAAAUCAAGAGAGUAAAACUGUGGACUAUAGCCAAGGUUCAAAAAACGUAGGAGAAGGAAUUGGGGUACUUCCUCCAACCAAUAACUAUUCCUACAGUGUUUGCAAAGGAUCUCAUGCAGAAAAUCAAGUUCCAUGCAACACUAAGGAUGUUGACAGUUUAGGUGAAGAAGAGCCCAAGCUUUGUGUUUAUGAAAAAAAUAGAAAAAAGUCAGAAGUGAAUUUUGACUCUUCAACAAUUAUCGAACAAUGGAGUUUGAAAGACAACGUGAAGGCAGAGAGAGAGAGCAAAGGAAGAGAUAGUUACAUCCUAAAAUCUUCUUCAGAAUCAGAGACUGUUGAGUCACCCCCUGAGGCUACCAACAAUAAAUCUCCUUGGAAGAAGCCUAAGGUCCAACUACAAGAAGCAGGUGAGGUUCCCCAGAACCAAGUGCAAAGAGAGAAAUACAAAAGAGUGAGUGACAGAAUAUCCUUUUGGGAAGGGGAGAAACCUGCUGCUAACUUAACUCAUAAAGAACCGACAUGUUCAUUUAGUCAGGAACGACUUUCUGCUAAAGCAUAUCAGCCUGUGAAGUCCAUGGACAGUUUAUCUAUGGGCUGUAGUAAAUAUAAUAAUCAAGUCACUGCCAAGCAAGUGGUCCUAGAUAAGGAUGGUCAAGAAGCCCAUCUCUGCCAUUUUUAUUCCUCAAAUAAAACUAAAGAGACCAGGCCCCAAACAUCAGGUCCAUCCAAAAAUGAUCCUUCAGCUGACCAACCAGGUAAAGUGUCUCUGUUUCAGAAUAAGACAGCUGAGCCUAUAAGAUUACCAGUGACAGACAGUUUGCAUUAUGAAAAGGACAUUACUUUUCCACCACUGCAACUUCCUUCAAAUGUUGGGAGUGAAAUACAUACCUCUUUGGAGAAAGACAGAUCUCUAAUUGGUGAAUGGAAUCCCAAGUUUAAAGUUAUAUCCCUUAAAGAAAGAAUGGAUGAACCCAGUACAGAACAGGUCUGUAAUCACUCUCAAUUUGAGAAUUUGAGAAAGUUUUGGGACUUAGGAGCCAAUCUAAACAGUCAAGAUAAUAUUGAAAAGAAUACUAUCACAAGCCAAAAAAAUUCUGUGCCUUUUAAUAGCCAGAAACACAAAGAAUUCAGUGACACUAAAUCAUCAGGAAAAAAUACCCAUGAAAGAGAGAGGCUUCUAAGCCAGAAAAAAGUUCCGGAAAGAGAGGAACUAGAGAAAUUAAAUUCAAAGGGCACACUCCAGGUGUUACCAAAUGAAACCACAUUUCCAUUGAGACCACCCAGAAAGUCCACUCAUCAGUUGCCAGGAUGUGAGUCAUCAAAGGAAAUCAUGGGAAAAAAUACAGAGGGGUUUGUUACUCCAGUGUUCAAGGAAGAAAAGGAUUACUCUGACCGAGAGAUUCAAGAAUCCAUGGUGAAAACUAGUGUUUUGUCUAAAGACUACAGAGACACGUUUAAUGACAGCUUACAGAAGCUGCUUUCAGAAGCCUCAUCACCAGUCAUCCAGCCCUCUGGUGGAAAAGUUCAUAAAAAACAAGUGCUUGAACCAGGUACUGCUGAAAAUAGGACAUGGCCUCAAAAGACAGAUUUUGCUGAUACUGAGGAAGAAGCCAAAAGACCUAAGGAGAUCAUUAAUGAGCAUAUAGACAAAACAGUAGCUCCUCCAAAGGUCAAUUCGAACACUUUGACUGCUAGUCUAGACAAACUCCUGAAGGAAGCAACUGGAACUCCACCCUCUCCCUUGCAAACCAAAUGUGAACCGGCAACCACUAGGAUCAACUCUGAGUCUGAAGAGAGUAGAGUUUAUGAAAAAGGGAUAGAAUGGAGUCAGAACACAUCAGCCUAUCAGAGAGAGAUACUAGCUUCUUUUCCAGAGGCAGAAACUUUGGGAAAUACAGCUCUCUCCCAGAAAGCUCAAAGUGGUUCAGAAGAAGAACCCAGUCCUGUUUUGAAAACUUUGGAAAGGAGUGCUGCUAGGAAAAUGCCUUCCAAAAGUCUAGAAGAUAUUGCAUCAGAUUCAUCAAAUCAAGCAAAAGUAGAUAAUCUGCCAGAAGAAUUAGUGCGUAGUGCUGAAGAUGUUUCCACAGUGCCUUCACAACCUGAUAAUCAGUUUUCCCACCCUGACAAACUCAAAAGGAUGAGCAAGUCUGUUCCAGCAUUUCUCCAAGAUGAGAGUGAUGACAGAGAAACAGAUACAGCAUCAGAAGGCAGUUACCAGCUCAGCAGACACAAGAAGAGCCCGAGCUCUUUAACCAAUCUUAGCAGCUCCUCUGGCAUGACGUCCUUGUCUUCUGUGAGCGGCAGUGUGAUGAGUGUUUAUAGUGGAGACUUUGGCAAUCUGGAAGUGAAGGGAAAUAUUCAGUUUGCGAUCGACUAUGUGGACUCACUGAAGGAGUUGCAUGUCUUUGUGGCCCAAUGUAAAGACUUAGCAGCAGCAGAUAUUAAAAAACAGCGUUCGGACCCAUAUGUAAAGACUUACCUGUUACCAGACAAGGGCAAAAUGGGCAAGAAGAAAACGCUUGUAGUGAAGAAAACGUUGAAUCCUGUGUAUAAUGAGAUAUUGCGGUAUAAAAUCGACAGGCAAAUCUUAAAGACACAGAAACUGAACCUGUCUGUUUGGCAUCGAGAUACAUUUAAGCGCAAUAGUUUUCUGGGGGAAGUGGAACUUGAUUUGGAAACUUGGGACUGGGAUAACAAACAGAAUAAACAAUUGAAGUGGUACCCUCUAAAGCGGAAGACAGCACCAGUUGCCUUUGAAGCAGAAAACAGAGGUGAAAUGAAGUUAGCUCUCCAGUAUGUCCCAGAGCCAAUGCCUGGUAAAAAGCUUCCUACAACUGGAGAAGUGCACAUCUGGGUGAAGGAAUGCCUUGAUCUACCACUGCUAAGGGGCAGCCAUCUAAAUUCUUUUGUUAAAUGUACCAUCCUUCCAGAUACAAGUAGGAAAAGUCGCCAGAAGACGAGAGCUGUGGGGAAAACCACCAACCCUGUCUUCAACCACACCAUGGUGUAUGAUGGGUUCAGGCCCGAGGACCUGACGGAAGCCUGUGUUGAGCUUACCGUCUGGGACCAUUAUAAAUUAACCAACCAGUUUUUGGGAGGUCUUCGGAUUGGCUUUGGAACAGGGAAAAGCUAUGGUACUGAAGUGGAUUGGAUGGACUCUACUUCAGAAGAAGUUGCUCUCUGGGAAAAGAUGGUAAAUUCCCCCAACACUUGGAUUGAAGCAACCUUGCCUCUUAGAAUGCUGUUGAUUGCCAAGAUUUCCAAGUGAACCCAAAGUCCACUGGCUCCUCCACUGAAAACUACUAAACACGUGGAAUCUGAUCUUAAAAAUGUUACUAUGUAGACAGAGAUCCUCACCUAUCUAUUGCCAUAACAAAUGCUACACAGCAUGUUAAAGUCAACCUGCAUGUACUUCUUUGGUUACAAGGCCCAAGAGACUUAAAUGAUAACAAAACAUGUUAACGUGUUUGUGACUCCAACAUUAAAGAAGAUGUUUGAGAAAGUUAAGAAAAUCAAACCAUUGCUGCUGCUUCAAAGAAAAAGCUGCCAAAAAUAAUUAAAUGUGGGGUGUUGUUAAUGAACAGAGUUUUCCAAUUUGCCAUCAUGUGUUUCUUUUUUUUUUUUCAUUUUUUGGCCAUGCCACAAGGCUUGUCGGAUCUUAAUUCCCUGACCAGGGAUCGAACCCAAGCCCCCUGUACUGGAAGUGUGGAAUCUUACCCACUGGACCACCAGGGAAGUCCCACCACCAUGUGUUUCAAACCACAGUUUUGUGCUACCGUUAGGACGGCCUGCCACUUGAUCAUUGAAAACCCUUGCAUGAACCGAAAAAAUGUUGGUUGUAGAAGAGUGACUGAAAGAUACUCCUACGAGGAGGAAAAAAAAGGCAGAAUAUCAGUGAUGGUAAAGAAUUGUUCAUAAGAAAACUAUUUAAUCUCUAUUGAAAAUGGAAUUCCAUGUUAGGGCAAUGAGACUACAUUUACUGCAUAUAUUUUUUGCCUUGAGAAACUUUCCCUUUUCCCAGUGUUAAAGUCCCAAAUGUGCUUUGGUGCCACCCACUGGCCAUAGGUGGAAUUUAGUUUGGGGCUUAAUUUUCUCCUAAGAUAAGUCUCAAGCCUGUAUUUUGUAAUAGAGUGCCCGUAUAUAAAACAAAAACCUUGCAUAUAUGAGAUUCUGUUUUUCUUAUAACUCUACUAUAUGAAAAGAGCAUGAGAGUGAUCGCAGACAUGCCUUGCAACAAAGUUUUAAUUAGAAUGUAAAUUGUUAAAUUAUACUGUACUUCCUGUGUCUGUAUAAUUUUCAUAAAGUAUUUUGUAAAAACCCUUAGAAUAAAUUAUUAUAUGAUUUAAUUGUCAAAUUAAUCUCACUUCUUGUUUUAAAUGAAAUACUUUAUGUUAAGAACCCUAAAAUCUAAAUUCCCUAGCAAGGCUAAAGAAUUUUGGGGCUAAUAUUUCUCCAGAGUCUUUACUGCAACUCUGGGCAUCAUUUUCUCUAAAUUGGAAGCUUCAGCUGUAUUAUUAAGAGUAGAACUUAUAUUUUUAAAAAGGUAUUGAGGGACUUCCCUGGUGGUACAGUGGUUAAGAAUCCGCCUGCCAAUGCAGGAGACUCGGGUUCGAGCCCUGGUCCGGGAAGAUCCCACAUGCCGCAGAGCAACUAAGCCCAUGCACCACAACUGCUGAGCCUGUGCUCUACAGCCCGCGAGCCACAACUACUGAGCCCACGUGCCACAACUACUGAAGCCCGCGUGCCUAGAGCCCAUGCUCCACAACAAGAGAAGCCACUGCAAUGAGAAGCUCACGCACUGCAAUGAAGAGUAGCCCCCACUCGCCGCAACUAGAGAAAAGCCCGCGUGCAGCAACGAAGACCCAACACAGCCACAAAAAAAAAAAAAAAAAGUAGUUGAAAAGCUUUGAAGAUACAUUAACAUUUAUUCUUAAAGUUUUCCACAAAGACAUUUUUGGGUCAUUUAAUACAUAAAGAAUUACUCCCCCUUAGAACCCCCCUAGCUCGCCAUUCUCAAAACAAGCCUUGAUUUAAUAUAGGUUGGGGGAAGCCUGGGUGGUGAGGGGAGGGUGAGAUCUUACAACAGGUAUCUAAUGAAUGUCAUUGAAAACAUCUGGAGUGCUUGCCUCCCUUCCCGGAAACAUGCUAGAACCUUCGACCCACUGGCCAGUAAGAGCAACUAACCUAAAAUAAUGCCCUUCCCUCAUUGUCUCUCAAGGUCUUUUAGGAGGGUGGUUAAUCUAGCUGUAUUUCCUCUUCCUGUUCUGGCUGCAGGGAGGGACAAGAUGAGGUGAAAGGAGGCACCAUCUCCAAGGUCGGCUGGAGCCAUAGCAGAAGUGCAAAUCCUGUUCCAGCUCCUGCCACUUCAUACUACAAGCUACUUUCUAAGUCCUUUUUUCAGUUACCUGCUCAGCCAUCUGCCAGCAUCCAGCCAGCUAUGAAGCAUGAAUGAGAUGGGUUCUAGUAUCUCCCCAUCUUGGACUAGGAAUGCCCACCUCCCCUAUCCCCAGAUCCCCAAAACACCAGAGGGGACAAUAGAACCAUCCUACAUCUGCCCACAGAACUUCCAACUGCCUUGGGUCAUCCAAGGGGAUGUCGUGUCACAUUGUUUUUCCAAAAAAAACUAGAAGAGCUUUAAUCUCACCUGGCUACAAGAGGAAGGCUAAAUGGGAUUUUCAUGAUAAAGUGUAGGCAACCUGAAUUCUUUGGUGAACUCAAGUUGACAGACUUUUCAUCCCGUGGGAUUUUUAGGCAAAGUCCCUGCUGAAAUUUUUUAUUUUCUUAAACUGGAGGCAUUUCCUUGAACUGAAUGUUUUAGGGCUCUUUUUCUUUUUCCAGAAACCCAACCAGAAAUAAGCCCCAAAGAGGGAUUUAUUGGAAAUAAAAUGUUAGCCCAGAGAAUUAAGGAAGUACUACAGGAACUAGAUUACUUUGGGGACUCGUGGGCUGGAACCAGGAACUCAGAUACUGUCUCUCCUCUUCCUCAGGGACAGGCAGCUCCAGCAUCACAAGCUCUCAGCUAAAGCACUUCUCUUUCCUGGAUUCAGCUUGAGAGAGCUCUGGGAGAAACUGGCCAGGCUUGGGUCAUGUCCCCACCUAUUGGACCACUCACGGUAGCCAGGAAUGGAUAGGGUAAGAUCUUAUGCUUGGCUCUGUGUGGAUUAUGUGUCCACCCUGUGGCCAGGGAGAAGUGAUCCAUUUUCAGAAGAAUAGGGUAUCAUACAGAUGGGCACUGGAGAAAUCAAGAGCUAGGCAGCCAUGUAAUUUGUUUCCCCCUUUGGUGAAAAUGCUUCAAAAUUCCAUUAUUUAAAAAAUGAAGUAAUAUCCCAAAGAGUCAUUGCUGACUCUUUCCAGGGAGGCUGCAAUUUCCCCAACCAUCAUGACUACUGCAGCUUUUAAGUAGAUGGUGAGGAUCCUGGGAACUGCAUAACCUGUUCAUAUGGCCUAGGAGCCCACCAAAGCAUGAUUACUGUUAGCCUAGGCUUACGUCCAGGGAACUUGCUUGGACUUCUUUGUACAUCUCUCAUCCAUACUCACCAUUUAAGUAAAAAGUCCCUGAACAUCUGCCUUCUCUGUACUCUUAGGCCUUUGUACAUCUUCUCUCAUUUAAUUCCGACAAUAUUCUUGAAACAUAGGCAUUAU